AUGGAAAGGCACGGCAGCGGGCACCACCACCGCGACGGCGACUGUGAUGCAGAAGAGGAAGGCGACGAAGUGUUGUUGCUGCUGCGCAACGGGGGUGGCCACGUGGGCAGUCAGCACCUCGCCCUCAUCAAUCCGCGCGCCAUCCACGAGCCCUCACCCCGCCACGACGAGCAGGAAGCCGGCGAGGAGGACGAAGGGGAGGAGACCGAUGGCGAGGACUUGCUGGACGUGGAGCAAGAUGAGGAGGUGGAGGAGGCCUCACGCCCCCUGCCCUUUGCCCAUCUCGGCCACGAGCUGUCCCUGCACCUCCAGCUAGACCACCACCACGACCACCACCACGACCACCACCACGACCACCACGACGAUGAGCAGCUGCAGCCGAGCCUGCCUCCGCCACCAGGGGCUGGCCGAGGUGGCGAAUACCACCACCACCACCAGCAACUGCAGCUGUUGCAACAGCAGGCGGGCGUGGUUGGAGGGGUGUGUGGGGCAGCCGUACCAUCGGACAGCACGACCACCACCACCACCACCACCAGCACCAGCAGCAGCAGCACCAGCACGGCAGUGGUGGGCGGGCGGCGGCCUCCAGCGGACUUCCGGUGCACGAGCAGCAGCGAGGAGAAGUGGGAGCGCAAGUUCCAGGAGCUGGUCGAGUUCAAGCGCGCCCACUCCUCCUUCAAGCCCCUCAAGAAGGCCAACCGCAGGCUCUACUGGUACGUACGCUGCUGCUACUACUCGCCCCAUUCCAACGCCGCUGGCCGGCUCGCUGAGACUGAGCGCGCGGGUGGGUCCCACACCAGGUGGGUCAAGGACCAGCGAUCCUUCUUCCGGGAGAGCCGGCUGCCCGCCCAUCGCAUGGAGAAGCUCGUCCAAGUGGGGCUCUUCGAGGGGGACACCCGCACCGUCAGCGCCAAGUGGGACGACAUAUGGGAAGAGCGGUUCAGCGAGUUGGUGAGUUUCAAGGAGCAGCACGGGCACACGUUGGUGCCCAACAGAGCCAAUGCCGCGCUUUAUGCGUGGGUGAGAAGCCAGCGCCUGGCCAAGAGCAAAGGGCGGCUGAACGACACGCGCAAGCGGAGGCUUGACGAGAUCGAGUUCUGCUGGACGGGCAAGCAGGGCGAGGCCCCGCGGCGAAGUCCCGGUGCCGGCGGUGGCAGCGGCGCCAAGCGACAGAAACUCGAGAUUGUCGUCGAUGAUGACCAGCGACAGGCUCCGCCCGACGUCGCGGCCGCUGCGAGCCUGCUCCAUGCGGCGCCGAGCGCGGCACUCAUGUCUCUGCCACCGGGCCUGGGCAUGGAGGGACUCAACUUGGGCAUCGAGCUGGAUGGAGUACACACCCGGGUGGUAGAGCGUCCGCACCUGCCGCAGGAUCGGCCCUCCCUCCGGCGGAGGUGA